AUGAUCAGCAAACAAACCGAGCGAUCCUAUUUUCUCAACUUCCUCAAGAAUGUCCCAUCGGACUACGGAGAACAAAUCGGCGCCGAUAUAAUCCUUGGAACUCGCUCAUCUCAAUGGAAGCCCUUUUCACCAUCCUUGGAUGUGAUCGCAUCAACACGACCCAUAUUACAAGAUAUGGGGCUGGACACUUCAGUGAAAUUCAAUAUGACAAAGUCUUGGAGGCAUGGUGGUAAGAAUUUUAGCAUACAUUCCGAACAUGCGGGGAACAGCUACAUAGAGUUUGACUACCAGGGGAGCAAAGGCUACGGUGUCAUUCAACACAUCAUGCUCCCUGAGGGUCGCAUGACCCCCAUAUUUGUGCUUCACUAUUUUCACAACCUUGACCCCAUCGAUGAGAAUCGAAGCCCUUAUCGAUUGUUGCCGCAUUUGAAUGCCACUGUCAAGUAUAAUUUGGACCUUUCACUUAUAUCUAUUGGAUCCCAGCAUAUUUUUGGUCAUUGUGCUGCGCUUCAUAACUCAGCUGGAACAUAUGGUAUAUCUAAACCAACAGUGUCUGUUGUCAGUCUUCGAAGCAUGGGAAUUGCAGACAUGACAACAACCUAG